AUGAUUAAAUGAACAAUAAUUAAUAUUUACUUAUUAUUAAUAUUUUUAAUUAUUAAAAAUAAUAAUAAUAAUAAUAAUUAUAAUAAUAUUCUUAAAUAUAAUAAAGAUAUAGAUUUAUAUUCUAUUCAAUCACCUUAUAUUAAAAAUAUAAAUAUUAUUAAAAGAGGUUAUCAUACUUCUUUAAAUAAUAAAUUAAUUAUUGUUCAAAAAGAUAAUAAAAAUAAUAAUAAGAAUAAUUUAGAAAUAGAUAAUUUUUAUAAAUGAUUAGUAGGAUUUACAGAUGGAGAUGGUAGUUUUUAUAUUAAAUUAAAUGAUAAAAAAUAUUUAAGAUUUUUUUAUGGUUUUAGAAUACAUAUUGAUGAUAAAGCAUGUUUAGAAAAGAUUAGAAAUAUAUUAAAUAUACCUUCUAAUUUUGAAGAACUACUUAAAACAAUUAUAUUAGUAAAUUCACAAAAGAAAUGGUUAUAUUCUAAUAUUGUAACUAUUUUUGAUAAGUAUCCUUGUUUAACAAUUAAAUAUUAUAGUUAUUAUAAAUGAAAAAUAGCUAUAAUUAAUAAUUUAAAUGGUAUAUCUUAUAAUAAUAAAGAUUUAUUAAAUAUUAAAAAUACAAUUAAUAAUUAUGAAGUUAUACCUAAUUUAAAAAUUCCAUAUGAUAAAAUAAAUGAUUAUUGAAUUUUAGGUUUUAUUGAAGCUGAAGGUUCAUUUGAUCUAUCUCCAAAACGUAAUAUUUGUGGUUUUAAUGUUUCACAACAUAAACGUAGUAUUAAUACAUUAAAAGCUAUUAAAUCUUAUGUAUUAAAUAAUUGAAAACCAAUUGAUAAUACACCAUUAUUAAUUAAAAAUAAAUUAUUAAAAGAUUGAGAUUCAUCUAUUAAAUUAACUAAACCUGAUAAAAAUGGAGUUAUUAAAUUAGAAUUUAAUAGAAUAGAUUUUUUAUAUUAUGUUAUUUUACCUAAAUUAUAUUCAUUAAAAUGAUAUAGUCGUAAAGAAAUUGAUUUCCAAUUAUGAAAAACACUUAUAGAAAUCUAUAUAAAAGGUUUACAUAAUACACUUAAAGGUUCUAAUUUAUUAAAAUUAAUUAAUAAUAAUAUUAAUAAAAAAAGAUAUUAUUCUAAUUAUAAUAUUUCUAAAAAUAUUAUUGAUGAUGUAUUAAAUAUAAAUCUUAUCUAUAAUUAUAAAUUACCAUAUCGUAUAAAUAGUGAUAUUCAACGUUUAAAUUCUAUAAAUAAUAAUAAUACUAAAUUUAUUAAUGUUGGAGUAUUUGUUUAUGAUUUAAAUAAUACAUUAAUUAUAACAUUUACUGGUUAUAGACCAGCAGCUCUUUACUUUAAUUGUUCUAAACAUGAAAUUGCUAAAUAUAUUAAAAAUGGUAAUGUAUUUAUAAAUAAAUAUAUUUUAAAAAAUAUUUUAUUAGAUUAA